AUGUCUGAGCUGGAACUCACGCGAAGCCAGCCGUCUGACCUGGAGGACGUGGAAGACGAGGCCGAUGCCAGCACAGAGCCGGAUCUUGAUCUUCGGACGACGCCGCCUCGGUCCCCAAGCGCCCGAGGCAUGGCUGCUGCCGAAGCGCUGCACCCGCCUCUCCAAGAUCGGCUCAGCCUGGCUUCGACCUGCGCAUCGGCGAGUGAGCUGCUUGAAGCGGGGAGUGAAGUGCAGGAUCCGUUCUGCAAGGAAGCCGGAAGCCUGACUGCCGAGUAUAGCCGGUGCCGGGCAAAUCCGGUUCGCAACGAAGCGGAGCGGCCCUUUGAUCUUCCACAGAUUCCAGUACUUCCGUCAGCUGCGAUGAGCUGCUCCACGGAGAGCGAUACGUCCGUGCCUUCCUCUCUUCCUAGGACGCGCAGAGAGAGUUUCUCUGGACGUCCGGAAGGUCUGGACUCCUUGCAGGAAGAGGAGUCGCCUCAAGAGUCAGCGGACGCUGCUGCAGGACCAGACAAUGUGCCAUCGCAGCAAGAUGCGCAGUCUGCAGACAAAGAGUCUCGGGCGAUGGCUUGCGGGGCCAUGGGGGCCAAAACUCUGGACCCGUCAGACCCAUCAUCCUUCGUCUUGCCCAAUCUGUUGCAGUUCCUCACCGUGGAUGACAUGCUCGAGUGUCGCGCGACAUCCCGGCAGGCCACGAGUCCUCAGGCAUUGAUCAAGCACCUGGAGGAAAUGGGGUAG